UUUUAAGCAAAAUAUAUAUAUUAAUACUAAAAUUACAACAUAAUGAUGAAGGUGGUGGUGUUGAUGGUGGUGGUGGUGGUGGAAAUGGUUAGUUUGGCCACCGCCCAAACGACGUCGCCACCGCCUACAUUGAUGCCAACACAAAUGCCAACAUUACAAACACCAGCAUGUAUUAGCACUAAAUUAGGAGAUUGCGCCAAAAAUAUUAAUUAUACGAAACUAUUUGAGUCUGUUAUGAGCAACCCUAAUGACAUUCAGUAUCCAUGCUGUCCUGAGUGGGAUGAAGAAAUUAAAGAUAACAGACAAUGUGUUUGUAACGCUUUGGGUUCUUAUUUGAGUUCAAUGGCUGAAUUUUUCAAAGUAUGUAAGAUCGACGUUUCUCCUGACACUAUGUGCAAAGAUGUUGGUAAGAGCAUAAAAGCAGAUGGAAAUGGUGCUAUCAAUAUUUCAAAUUCACUUGGAUUACUUCCAAUUAUGCUCUUGAUUUUCACAAUUAUUCUCAAAUUUUGAUAGAAAAUGUAUUAAACGUGGUCUGAUUUUUAAUGUUUGUCGUCUGUCGAUGCUAAUUUUUCAUUAAAUUUGGCGUGCCAUGCUGUGAUUCGGAGUUUAAAAUAAUGAAAGUUUUUUUGUUA